AUGGCAAAGAAGGAGAUUGUCAAACACGAUUUUGAUGUCGAGUACCCGCUUUGGGGCGACAUAGAUAAAAGCAAAGUUCAGUUCAAGAAGCUAGACAACGGAUACUCGGUCUGCUAUGGAGACGAGGAAAGGUAUGAGAGUGAAAACGGGCGGGGAUAUAGAUCGCGGUCCAUGUCCUUUUCGCAGACCUAUGGAGGGAGGAAGCUGAAGGAUGCAGACAUGCAGAUUGAAGGAGACAAGAUAAAGGUGAAAGGAUGGUUCGACGAUGAGAAAUAA